AUGCGGGAGAGCAAUAACCGCUUCUGUUCUGCUGGUGCGGUUAGGCUCGACCAUGAAUCGUCAAUAGAAGCUACACUUUACGUGUCUAGCAUACCUCCUACGACCCUACAUUACAACAUGCCGACUGAAGCCGCACGGAUGAACUUCCUCCAAGAGCGCUCUAGCGGUUUUGGCUGGUUCAAUCAAGUAGUGUCGUCGGCCGUGAGCAUCAAGCUCACGAUGUCUCCCCCCACGCCUGAAUCAGUCCCGUCACUAUCUACCGCGGUGGCGGCUGAUCCCGUGUUUCACAUCUUGAAUCAACAAACCCUCAUUUACCAUGGUGGCUUCAUGCAGUGGUAUUGUUCUUACCCACCUGCCACGCUGUUGACCAUUCUUACAAUGCUAGAAGAGACUAGUGUCUAUGUCUUCUCAAUGCCUGAUACGAUGACUGGUGGAUAUGAGAAGCCGUCAUGGGUGCUAAGAACUGUGUUAGCCGAAGUAAACCUCAGGUACUUGCCUCCAGAGACUAUCCCACGGCUGCGGCACAUGUAUGGCUCUGGAGUAUUUAGGCACUUGUGA